UCACCGGCCCGAUCAGAGAAUCGCUGAGAAGAAAAAAUGGCGUCCGCGAUUUAUCUCUCUCUCUCAAAUGUAACAACGCCUUUGAAAUCGACCUCGCUCCACAAGUCUAAACUCACUCCACUACAUCUUCGUCUUAUCUCUUCCUCUUAUGCUUCCUCGAAUCGCGAAACUUCUCUCGGAUUGCGUUCCAGUUUCGACCGAGCUACAGUUCCUGUUUCGUGUAGGCGCCGGUUUGACUUCCUCCCUCGUUGCGGCAUUUCGUCGAACGACUUUCCUGCGGAGAGAAAGAAGAGCUUCGGCGAGUGGGUUGAGUUUGUGGGAGAGGCGGUCUCGACUGCGUUUCCGGUAUGGGUUUCUCUGGGAUGCUUGUUGGGGCUUAUGAGACCAAGUACUUUCAAUUGGGUCACUCCCAAUUGGACCAUUGUAGGUCUUACGAUCACGAUGCUCGGAAUGGGAAUGACUUUGACCCUCGACGAUCUUCGUGGCGCGUUAAAGAUGCCCAAACAGCUCUUCGCUGGCUUUCUCUUGCAGUACUCGGUCAUGCCAUUAUCAGCAUUUCUAGUGAGUAAGCUCUUGAAUUUGCCAUCGCAUUACGCAGCUGGUCUCAUAUUGGUUGGUUGCUGUCCAGGCGGUACGGCAAGUAAUAUUGUCACGUACAUUGCGCGUGGAAAUGUCGCACUAUCAGUGUUGAUGACAGCAGCUAGCACUGUUUCAGCUGUGAUUAUGACACCGCUUCUUACGGCCAAGCUUGCCAAGCAAUAUAUCACAGUUGAUGCCCUUGGAUUACUAAUGUCGACACUACAGGUGGUUCUUCUCCCAGUUUUGGCCGGGGCAUUUCUGAACCAAUACUUUAAAAAGCUGGUGAAUUUUGUUUCCCCUGUGAUGCCUCCAAUUGCGGUUGGGACCGUUGCAAUUCUAUGUGGGUAUGCUAUUGGUCAGAACGCGUCUGCAAUACUCAUGUCUGGGAAACAGGUAGUACUGGCUUCUACGCUUCUUCACGUCUCUGGAUUUCUCUUUGGGUAUCUGUUUUCAAGAUUACUUGGAAUCGAUGUGGCAUCGUCCAGAACUAUCUCAAUCGAAGUUGGCAUGCAGAACUCGGUGCUUGGAGUUGUUCUUGCGACACAACAUUUUGGGAAUCCGCUCACUGCAGUACCGUGUGCUGUUUCUAGCGUCUGUCACUCGAUCCUUGGUAGCAUGUUGGCUGGAGUUUGGAGACGCAGUGCACCAAAGCAGAUUGAAAACUGAAAAGAGAAAAAAAUGGGUACUUCAUGGAGUUUCUCACUGUUGCUCAAAUUCGACAGUGAUAUUAAAGGUUUCUGAAUAAAAGGAUUAUGUCGUGUUUUGUUCCGAUAUGGUGAAAUUACCUUGGAAUGUUUUGUUUUCUUAAGUAUCAAGAUGUCUUCGUGAUCUAUGAACAAUAAUCAUUUUGUUGUAGCAAAGCAACGAGGUUAAAAAAGGCUAUUUU